CUGAAAUGGACCCUUCCCUUCACUCAGCACAAAGAGAUACCAUCACUGAAGAUACCAAUUUUGAUAAUUAUAAAUCUGGACUGAUAGGAGCCACAUCCACCUCUUCAUUCAGGGAUUUAAAUGAGGAAACAAUAAAAGCACUUCCUGCAGAACGAAAAGAAUAUUUAAAAUAGCUUCUUAAAAGUCUUACCAGAGUCUGAAAAUACCUCUGAGAUCUGCACCUAAAAUCCUUCACAAAGUCAAACAAAAAUCUCCCUCUACCGACCGCAACCUGCUAGCCCUCCCAGGCACCAACGCAUCAGCCUCCAAUUUCUCUCGGAACUCAAAGUACACCUACAACCCGUACACAGAGACUUUGAAGAAGCUGAGGUCAAGCCUCAGGUCAACUUCUUAUGAUGAAGCCUUGAUUUCUCAUCUGAAGAGUAAGGAAAUUUCUAAGCAGAAGUUGAGAAGGAUGUAUCAACUUGAAAAGUCCCAGAAAAUGCUGAAAAGCAACUGACACAACUCUAACCGGAUUGACAAUAUCUCAAGAAAAAAUCGAGUUAAUUUGGCUCGUGCAGGAGAAUAUACCUCCGAAAAAUUACACGAGAGUAAAAGUUUCUUAACAGAUGAUGAAAUGCAGAAAAAGUCAAUGAACCUGUUAAAAAUCACCAACAAUACCUCAAAAUUUCUCUCCGGAGUAACCCUCAACAGCAACGAUCAUUCUUCGAACCUCAGCUCUUUAGGAGUUACGAAAGAUUCACAAAUGGUGCCUGCUGAUGAAGUUAAGAAUCUGAUCAAAAAGUUGAAGAAAGACAAAUUAAACCGAAAAUAAAUGUCUUAUAAAUUACCAACAGAAGCUUCACAAGAUCCAAGAGAAGGAAAAGGAACUUGAGGAAGAGAAUGCCAAGCAAGCUGCUAGAGAAAAGGAAGAAAUUGCCCUUAAGAAGCACCAAGAAAAUAUCAAAUAAGUUAAAAUUAAAUCAGGAGGAGAGAGCCAAACGUAAGAAAGAAUGGCUCGAAAUUGACAAAAUGGGUAUUGCUAAAUGGAGGAUCAAGAACUCAGCCAAUAGUGAGGACGAGAGGAAGUUCAUGAGCAAAGUCUCCUCGAAAGAUGCAGACGACAUGGAACUCGCCUACACCCAUGUUAGGUACCAAAAAUCAUUCGAUGCUGAUAUUAAUAAAGCAAAAGAACUAGAAUAUUCAGAAAUGAAGAAGAACAGAGAGAUAAUGCUCAAGCCAUUGGAUGCUAAAGGAAUUAAGAAGUUCAGUAAAGACUACGAUGUCUUGAGAAAGGACCUUGUAGAAAGGAAAUAAGAAGCAAAGGCUGAAGUCCGAAAUUAUUCAUGAUUACAAACCUCCAAAAUUUACUAAAAUAGCUCAGAACUGCUUCAAAGAAGAGUAUGAAAAAUCUAAAAAUGAAGAGCUUAAGUCUCAGACUCGAAAAGAAAUGAUAAAGAAGAGGGAUAAAUAUUGGCAGCUUGUGCGUGAUUUACAUGCGCCUCAAGUUAAUGAAGUUAAGAAAGAAGAGAUGAAAAACUUGAUCUCAAAAGUUUCAAAUCAUCGUGUUGAAAAACUUGAUAAACGAGAUAGACAUAAUGUCUCAGUAAAAUAAUGAAUCUGAAAAAUCAAAAGGCUUGAAGAAGAAUUUCUCCUCUAAUGCUUUUCCGAAAAAUCAAGUUGGUGGAAACAGCACCUCAAAUCUUCAAAAUCCUAUUAAAAAUUUCCGCCGUAGGCAGCCUAAGCGUAAUUCCCCUCAUAGCUUCAGUGCUCAAAAAGAAGCUUUAAAAUCUGAGAUACCUAAAAGCUUCGAUUACCUUAAACAUCGAAGGAAUAUUAGAGAGCAAUCUGGUGAUGGAUUCCCUACAAAAGCAGUUCAGUAUAUAGAUAGAGCAAAACAAAUAGAGGAGCAAAACAGCCAGGUUUUAGUCAACAUGGCAAGAAUCUGAGAGUCUGAAGCCAAAAGGAAAGAACAACUCCUAGAUGUUCAGAAUUCAAUCACUGUAGAUAAUUCAAAACAGAUUAAUAAGAUGUAUGUUAAUAGCAUCAAGGCGAAAUUGGCUUAUAUUCAUCAGAUGCAAUUAUAAAAUCUGAGGCUUUACACUAUAAAUUCUACUCAAAUUUAACCCAUAAACCCAUCCUUAUGACCUCUGUGCCAACUCAACCCCUUCCCCUCUUCCCCUUCCCCAAACUCCCCUCAAAACUACAAAAUGCAUAACC